CAUGGCUCCAAACGCAACGCACGUAUGUAUACAUACAUAAGUAGACUACAAUAUAUCGUGAUAGCAGACCGCUUCUACAACGACAAUGGCAAAGCUGCUAACAUUGACAGCAGUUGCCAUGCUAGGAGGCAUAGCAUGGUGGCUGUACAACCCAUACUCUCAGCUGCCAGUACUCGACCCUGAAGAAUGGUGGGGCCCUAUGGAGCUGAAGGGGAAGCAGGAUACCAGUAUACGACCGUUUAAAAUUACAUUUGAUGACUCUAUGAUCGAAGACCUAAAGAAACGGAUCAAGAAACAUCGUACACUGACGCCGCCGCUAGAAGGCAUCGCUUUUCAAUACGGCUUCAACACUAUAGAAUUGCAAGGAUAUUUGAAGUACUGGGCAGAGGAAUAUCCUUUCAAAGAGAGAGAGAAGGUGCUAAAUCAGUUCCCACAAUUUAAGACAAAUAUUCAAGGUCUUGAUAUUCACUUCAUCCGAGUCAAGCCGAAGGUUCCAGCAGCAGUUACAGUCCUACCAUUGUUAAUUCUCCAUGGUUGGCCGGGUUCCUUGAGAGAGUUCUACGAAAUUAUCCCCUUGUUAACUCAGCAAAGGCCUGAUUAUGACUUCGUGUUUGAGGUCAUUGCUCCCAGUAUGCCUGGAUUCGGAUUCUCUGAUAGACCAGUCCGUCCUGGACUAGGCCCUGCAGAGAUGGCGGUCAUGUACAGACAACUGAUGCACAGACUUGGCUUCAAGAAGUACUACAUACAGGCCGGGAACUGGGGCUCCGUGAUAUCUGCAGCUAUGAGCACCUUCUAUCCUGAAGAUGUAUUGGGUCAUCACAGCAACGGAGUUUUUGUUCAGACAUCAGGUUCGAUGCUAAAAAUAAUUCUAGGUGGGUUCUUCCCAUCUCUUAUUGUGGAAUCUCAUCUGGCCGACCGCUUGUAUCCAUUAUCCUGGCUAUUCUCUUAUUCUUUAGAAGAAUAUGGAUACUGUCAUCUCUUUGCCACAAAACCUGAUACUAUUGGUAUUGGUCUUUCCGACUCUCCAGCUGGUCUAGCCGCUUUUAUCUUAGAGAAGUUCUCGACAUGGACCAACCGUGAUCAUCGCUUUCUUCCUGACGGUGGCUUAAAAUCAUUCACUAAGGAACAACUGAUUGACAAUAUAAUGUUCUAUUGGACUUCGAACUCCAUCAACAGUGCUAUUAGGAUCUACGCUAACGCUUUCAGCAACAAGAAUUUAGCCAUGGAUUUGGAUAAUUUUCCAACCGCAGUACCGACAUGGGUGAUGCAAGCUAAGCACGAGUUAUUGUACCACCCGCCUAGUAUCAUAAAGUCUAAGUUCACUAACGUACUGAAUUACACCGUAUUAGACUAUGGUGGUCACACAUUUGAAAUGCCCCAAGUACUGGCCGCUGAUGUUUUCAAAGCUGUUAAGGCUUUUACCAAUUACCAUAAAAGUAACGAGAAAGAAUUAUAA